CGAAGGGCAAAGACAAAGCCAAGAAGAAGGAGACGCUGAAGGCUGCGCCGCCGCAGCCGAAGGCGGACCCCGCGAAGGCGGUCGUCAACGAGGAGGACCGCGCGCCCAAGGCGGCGGUGAAGGUGGACUCCUUCGACCAGUUCGAUCGCGUUCCGAAGCGCCCGCCGCGCAAGAGCUCGUUCGCGAACCCGAAGCAGAAGGCGAUCGACGCGAAGAAGGCGGCGGAGAGAGCGGAGAAAGAGGCCGCGGAGGCGAAGGCCGCGGAGGCGAAGGCGAAGCAGACCCCGGAGGAGGCCGCCGCGGAGCACGCCGCCGCGAUGGAGGCCGACGCCAAGGCGAGGGAAGAGGCGAAAGCCGCGCAGGACGCCGCGCGCGCGGCGUGGGAAGCGAAUCAACCCGACCCGGAGAUGGAGCGCUUCCACGAGCACCAGAAGACCGCGGUCAAGCUCGCGCACGCGGACGAGUGCCGCACGCUGAUCGACCAAGGGCGGUACGGCGUCUUGUCCACGUUCGACGCGAAGCUCGGCGGCGAGUACCCGACGGGCGCGGUGGUGGGCUUCGCGUCGGAUGACGCCGGCUGUCCGAUCUUCGCGCUGUCGUCGAUGAGCGGGCACACGAGAGACCUGAAGGCGUGCGGGCGGUGCUCGCUGACGGUGACGCAGAAGGGGUUCCAGGGGUCGACCGAGGGGUUUCAGUCCGCGGCGGACGCGCGCGUGACGCUCGUGGGGGAUAUGGAGGCGAUCGAGGACGACGACGGCGUCGCGGCGGCGCGAGAGACGUAUCUCGCCAAGCACCCGGACGCGUUUUGGGUCGACUUCGGGGAUUUCUCGUGGCACAGGAUGACCGCGACCAAGGGCGCGCGGCUCAUCGGCGGCUUCGCGCGCGCGGGCGGCGUCGACGGCGACGCGUACGCGAGCGCGACGCAAGACCCGGUGGCGCAGUACUCCACGCCCAUCGCGACCCACAUGAACGUCGACCACGAGAAGGAUCUCCUCGACCUCGUCGGGCACUUCGUCAAGCUCACCGUGGACAAGUGCAGGAUCGAGUCCGUGGACGCGCUGGGGUUGAACCUUCUCGUGAUGCGACGCGGGGAGAAAUUUAAAGUGCGGCUGCCGUUCGCGGAGGAAGCGAGAGACCGGCCGAGCGUGAAGAAGGUGCUCGUGGCGAUGACGAAGGAGGCGUCGGAGGCGAUGAAGAUGAAGGAACGGUGGAACGCGUACGGCGACAUCAAGGACGACCCCAUGGGGAACAAGGCGAGGGCGGCGGCGAUGGCGGCGCAGGGCGAGGGGGGGCAGCAGCCGGGGGCGGGCGGAGGGGCGGCGCCGGGGCCGAAGUGAUGAUCGAGUCGAGGAUCUCUGGAGAGGUUCGUCGCUCGAGAGAAGGGAAUGAAAAGUAAGUCUACGAUAAUAACAGAACCCGAUCCUUC